AUGGCAAAGAUGCAACCACAUGAUCUUGUCCUGGCUUAUGAACAAUCUUUCACCGAAGAUAGUCAGAUUGUCAUAUACUCUGAUUCGAUAUCACAAAUCUGGGAGGAACUCAAGAAACGAUUUGCUAAGUCAAGCAAUAGCAAAAUUUUUAUGCUUGAGCAGCAACUGGCAAUGACCAAGCAAGAGAAGGCACCAAGGCAAGAAAGAAGACAGAUUAUGCAAUUUUUGAUGGGUUUAGACGAAGCUUACAAUGGGCUGAGGAACCAGAUCCUUCUCAGGGAUCCAUUGCCAUCGCUUGAUAGGGUUUUCAACUUCAUUUUACAAGAAGAAGCUAACCAGGAACUGACCAAAAAAAGCAAUACCAUAGUCGAGUCUACUGCCAUGUUCUUUGGUAAAGUUCGAUAUCAGAAAAAUUCUUCCAAGCAAGGACUGAUGAAUAACUACAAAGGGAUGAGACCAAAAGACAAAGCUCCAUGUAAGAUAUGUGGCCGCACCAAUCACUCCAUAGACAAUUGUUGGGAGAUUAAUGGGUAUUCACCCAACCACAAGUUCUACAAGGCCACCACAGCACCUGGAAAAGACUACAAAACAACAAAUAUUGCUGCUGCAAAUGAAGGCACAAAUAGCUCAAGUCUAAAUAUUUCUCAUGACCAGAUUCAACAACUGAUAGCUCUUCUCCAAAGCCAAAAAUCUCCCCAAGCUAGCUCCACUUCAAAACCCAUAGGUAACCAACAUUCAACUAUGACAAGUAAAAUUCCCAGUACUUUCCCCAUUUCGAUUAGCCACUCACUCAGCUAUAUGUCAACUGAAGCUCACUCAAACUCUUGGAUUUUAGAUUCAGGUGCAACUGAUCCUAUAGUUAGUUCACUUAACAUGUUUACACACAAGAAAUCCCUCUCGAACAUGUUUGUUAGAUUACCAAAUGGUACUAUGGUUGCUGUCACAUAA